AUGGAGGCAUCUGGCGCCUCCCGUUCCUUCCUCUCCCUCCCCGGCGAGCAGGCGAGCCGGCUCCGGAUCUCGCCCUCGCCGCAGUGGCCGUCGGGGCGACCGCCUCACCGGCUCCCUCUGCGCCAGGCCGGCGGGCGAGGAGCUGCGGCCUCCUCACCUGCGCCGGGCCGAGGAGCUGCGCCGGCCGGUGUGGGCGUGGAGUGGGGCAAGCCUCCCCUGCUCCAAGGGGCGCGGGGCGAGCGGAUCCCGGCCGCGGUGGCAGAGGCCCCCGUGGGCGCGUGGCGGCUGCGGUGGCGUGCAGAGGCCCCUGCGGCCUGGUCCCGCCCCGCCCCCGCCCCCGCCGGCCGCCCGCUGACGCCUCCGCCCCGCCCGUCUCCCGCGGCGCUUCCACCCCCGACGGUCCGCCGCCCCUGCCCCGCCGGUGCCGUCGCCCCCGCCACGCCACGGAUACCCCACGGCCCGUCGACGCCCCCGCAGCCCCGCCCCCACCGCGCCGCCGACACCCAGCCCCCGGCCCCGCCACCGACGCCCCCGCGGCCCGCCCUCACCGCGCCGCCGACGCCCCGCCCUUUGAUUACAGUUACAGCUCAAUUUGAUGCGCUGCCGCUGGCAUGGGCAGAGCAUGCUAGCUUCAUGUGUGUUGAUGCUCAAAUGCUGGCGACUAACGAGUGGUGA